AUGGUAACGGGCCAGGUGGGCCAACCAGAAGAACCCGGUGGGCCGCAGGCUCAACCAAUCGAUCCGGAUCUGACGGCGAAAUUGCUAGGCCGAGGUGUAGCCGUAUCACCGGUGGUUACAGUGGAGCCCCGUCGGCGCAAGUUCCACAAGGCGAUCACUUUGAGUAUGCCGGCGCCACGAGCCCACAGUCAGGGCAUGAUCAACCAGUACUCUGGCAGCGCGCCAACACUUCGCCUGCUUUGCUCCAUCACCGGUGGUACAACACGCGCCCAGUGGGAAGACGUAACGGGCUCCACACCGUUGACCUUCGUGAACGACUGCGUUUCGUUCACCACCACAGUUUCGGCCCGAUUCUGGUUAAUGGACUGUCGUAACAUAGCCGAUGCUACCAAGAUGGCUACCGAACUCUACAAAGAGGCCAUACACGUCCCGUUUAUGGCUAAAUUUGUAGUGUUCGCCAAGCGCACCGACCCGCUGGAGGCACGCCUCCGUGUCUUCUGCAUGACAGACGACCGCGAAGACAAAACUCUGGAACACCAGGAGCAUUUCACGGAAGUCGCUAAAAGCCGUGACGUAGAGGUUCUAGAGGAUAAACCACAAUACAUCGAACUGGCUGGCAAUUUGGUCCCGAUAACAAAAUCCGGAGAACAGCUGAGCCUACCAUUCAAGGCCUUCCGCGAGAAUCGGUUACCCUUCUCGGUUCGUGUUAAAGACCAACACGCGGAUAUUGUCGGCCGAACGCUCUUCAUGCGCGAGCCGAAAAUUGCUAAGGGUGAACCACCCCAGCAACCGAUUUGCAUCCUCAACAUCGUACUGCCCGAGAAUAUCAUUCCCGAUCAGUUAACCACAAUCGAAGACUCACAGGAAAUUGUUGUCCGUGUUGGGCGCCCUCCCAGACUACCCCCGCGAGACCAGAACUAUCUAGGAGAAAUGCGUGUGGUCGACAUCUCCAAUCUUCUCGGCGAAGACUGGUUGAAGCUGGCACCUGAGAUCGGAGUCAGCGAGACCGACGUGGAGAACAUUAUCGCUCAGCAUCCUACCAGUAGCGCCCAACAGGCCCAAGCUAUGCUCAAACUAUUCCAAUCGAAAACCAAAAAUGACUUCAAUAUACUCGAAAACGGUUUACGAACCAUCCACCGGGAUGACAUCGUCGAUCGGUGUUUAAGAACUUCCACAACAAGCGCACUGACAACGACCACAGUAACAAUGCGGAACAAGACGGCGUUCUCGAUCAGCAAGCGGAACUACGACGUGGAUAUCAUUUCCGAGUCUGACUCCAUUGCGAAGUUGGUACAAAAAGACGACAACCAAUAUACACAGGAGGAGUCCAGUAAGUACUCGGUCGAGGAGAAGCGCAUCGAAGAAUCCGAGGAGUCUGAGGAGGAGAGCAUCAAGAGAACGGUAGCCGAACGUCGAAAGCAGAUCGAGAAGAGACUCUCGGCAGACCGUUCGAUUCCCGCGUCGACCCAGAAGCGGGAAAUCGUCGAGGAGAUUUGCUCCAUUAAACGAUCCAGCAUGAUCGACGACACCCGAGCGAAACACGAAGAAGAAAUUCUCAUGCAGAAACCAAUCGAUAACUCGUACAAGUCAUCGGUAAUUCCGGAGCCGGUCGUCAAGCUCAAAACCACGACAGUUAAAGAAGGACCGACCAUCGCGAAAGAUGAGUUCGACAAGGAGCUGCAGGAUAAAUUCAAACUGACGCUGAAGAACGUCGAAGAGUUUGAGCACAAGUCCCAGGUUUUGGGCGGCGAAAAAGUCGAUACGUCCGCCAAAAUUGUCAGCGAAAUUACAAAGAAAGAAGUGUUGGACAAACUAGCGGAACUGGAUGAAACGAAACCAAAACAGCUCGACAAGAAACCAGAAGACGAUAAUAAGUCACCAACUCCAAGAGAACGUGCACCGAUACCAACCAAGCGAACCAGUAUUGUUCGAGAGGACGCCCUGGAUUCCGGCGUGAUUACGGAGUCGAUCAAAAACAUACAAGAAAAGAUUCACUCGUUUGAAACUAAGUCAACAGAAUCCAGCAAGCGAUCUUCGUGGGCAAAAGAACAAGAGGGUUCUCAUGAACAGCCAAUUACAGGAGAUUCCAUGCUUGCUCAAUGGAGUGAAGAAGACGAAAUCCUUACCCUUAAGAAAGAGUUCCAGAAACUCGAUGAGAAAAAGGAAGAGUGGAAUGAAGAGCAAGAACUGCUCGCUCAGAAGAAAAAGUUUGAAGAACUGGAAGAGAAAUAUCAAGAGGAGAAAUCAUUAAAGACACAAUUUGACCAAAGAGAGGAGCAACUAAUCAGCCAGUCAACCGAGAAAGUAACAGCACAAAUAGUGAAAGCCGAAAAACCAGAACCUUUGUCCCUGGAGAAGCUAGUUGAGGAAUCGAGCAAACAGCAAAUAUCGACCCACGUUGUGCAGCCAACUAAGUGGAGUGAGGAGGAUGAAAUAUUGGCGCAGAAACAAGAGAUGGCAAAGCAAGAGCUAGGAAGAAUAACAGCACAAACAUCAGUGGAAACCAAAAUCGCACAAUGGACCAAGGAGAAUGAAAUUUUCAGCCAGAAAACGGAGAUUGAAAAGCUCCAUGAGGCGGAGAAGCAAGGACCCCUUGAACCGAAAAUCGUUCAAAGGACAGAGGAGAACGAAGUUCUGGUCCACAAAAGAGAACAUGAAGAUCUUGCUGAAGGUAGCGAAAAGCUCACCGAACUACAAGUGACUUCAGCGCAGAAGGAACAACUUAAUAAGUUUGAGGAACAAUUCCAACUGCAGAGGCAGCAAAUCGAAGAAAGGGCCGCUGUUAUGACAGAGAAAUGGGUUGAAGAUAAUCAAAAACUUGAGGACCAACUCAAGAACAAGAUGGCAGAAGAGAAAAAAGAUCUGUUCGAAAAAUUCGAGCAAAAAAUUUCUUCUGGCUUCAAAGAAAUGAGAAGCGAGCAGCAGACCACAUCGGACAAACAACAAUUCCAGGAAACCAAAUCCGAAACGAUCAGCAAAGUUGAAGAGAAAAUCACCAGCAUCACCUCGAAGGCGGAGUCCUUCGCGGAAACGUUCAAAUCGGAUGCAACUGAUGUUCUGGGUGAAGUGGUUCACCAGCAGUUGCAAGAGUUUACAGCACAGAGUUCGGAAACGAAGACUCUUGUGGACCAGAAGGUGGAUAAAACCAUAACAGAGAUCCGUGACUCCGAAAUUGUAUCCGAGAUCAAAGAAAGUACCCAGCAGAGUAAGGAAGCCGUUGAUAGAGCUGCCGAAGCACUCGCUAGAGAAACAAUCAUCAGCUCCGAUGAGCCGGAGGCCAUAGUGCAGGAAGCGUUCACUAAAGAAGAUUUCGAAAGCGUUCGUGAGAAGACCGUUAGUCAAGAUGUAAGUGGAACACUAAAGGAAUCAGUAGAGAAAUCAAAGAGUGAAAUUGAAACCGGAAUUCGUGAGGGAGAUCAACUAAUAGUGGAAACGAUAUCGGAAAUAGGAGAGGAAAUCAAAAGAAUCCAGGAAACUCCUGCUGUGAAACCAAACGAAAAACCUUCGAUUGUGGAAACUGUGACGAAGACAGUUACCCAGGAAAUAACAUCCAGAAUACCGGUUCUAAGCAAACGAACUUCACCCGAAGAAAAAUCCAAACCCGAAGAUGAUGCAAAAGAAAGGAAAGAACAACCAGCAGCGGAAGUAGCAGAGACUUUAGUGGAAACGAUUGAGGAAGACGUGCAAAGUACCAUUAAAAUGCCUGAAAUGGUUGUAUCAAAAAUUCCAAGAUUCGAUAGCAGUAAAGCGAUACCCACCGGUCAAGAGAUCACGGCCGUUAAAUCACCAGAGCCGGAAGUGGUCCAAUCGAAGAUACCAAUUUUCAAAGAUCGUAAAGUAUCGGAACAAUUCUCAAGCGAUUCUUGCGAUACGGUCGUUCUGCAGAAGACGCUGCGUGAUCAGGAUUCGCUUCCGAAGUCAGAAAGUGAAGAAAAACCUGAUGAGAUGUUGGCUACAACGGUGGAAGAAGCUGAACAGAUCACUAGCAAGGAAGCCAAAGAGGUUUUGAGCUUCACGACCAUCGACGAAACCAUACUGAACGAGCUAAUUACCGAAGAUGACCGUGCCGUCACGCCGGACGACUUCAUUGAUGAGAUUAUCGAGCAGGCCCAGGAUAAAAUUCAACAAAUUAAAGAAACAGAAAUGGCCUCAUCUACGCUCGAUUUGAGCAGAUCAGAGGACGAUGUUCAAGAGAAAUCGCCUCAUCCAAUUCCGGAAUACGUUACCGAGCGGCACCUAGAGUAUGAGGCCGAUGACGAUGACCACGAGCACGAGAAAUGGCAAGAUUUGUAA